AUGCUUCUGCUGUGGCUGCUGCUGGGCGUGCUCUGGUGGAGGGAGGGGGCCGAGGGCCAGAGGGAGCCCUGGGAAAACAACAAGGGUUACCAGCUGCAAGUGCCGGAGCUGGUGAGGGUGCAGGAGGGCCUGUGUGUGCGGGUGCCCUGCUCCUUCUCCUACCCCCAGGAUGGCUGGACUGACUCUACCCCAGCUCACGGCUACUGGUUCCAGGAAGGGGCCAAUACACACCAGGAUGCUCCAGUGACCACAAACAACCCAGAUCGAAAAGUGCAGGAGGAGACCCAGGGCCGAUUCCACCUCCUUGGGGACCCCUGGACCUACAACUGCUCCCUGGACAUCAGAGACGCCAGGAAGACAGAUGAUGGAAAAUAUUUUUUUAAAGUGGAGAGAGGAAGUGCAAAAUGGAGUUACAUAUCCAACCAUCUCACCGUGCGUGUGAUGACCCUGAUGCACAAACCCGACAUCCUCAUCCCAGGGACUCUGGAGUCCGGCCGCCCCAGAAACCUGACCUGCUCUGUACCCUGGGCAUGUGAGUGGGGCACACCCCCCAUCUUCUCCUGGAGGACAGCUGCCCUCACCUCACUGGGCCCCAGGACCCGCUUCUCCUCAGUGCUCACCCUCACCCCACGGCCCCAGGACAACGGCACCAACCUCAUUUGUCAAGUGAAGUUCCCUGCAUCUGGUGUGAUCGUGGAAAGCACCAUCCAGCUCAACGUCACCUGGAGGUCAGUGCCCGUGGCAGAGGUGGUUCUGGUGGCCAUUGGGGAAGCGGCUGUGAAGACCCUGCUCCUCCUCCUCUGCCUCAUCUUCCUCAGGUGAGCAUUGUCCC